CACAUGCGCAGGAGUGGACCCCCGUGUUUCCACCUGCGCUCUUUCUUUCCUCUCAAUGGCCAUUAGGACACUGGCAGGACCCAGGUUGAAGGAACUGAAAUCCGGAAAAGUUUACAUCCAAAGACCGAUGGAAGAGGCUUGCAACUCGUAAAGUUAGAACGCAGGACAGUACCACCAAUAUGACGUCAAGAGCGACUGAAAAAUUCGCUGAUGUGAACUGCGAUUGCGCAAAUGCUGCUUGUGGCGUAGUUGAAAUUGAGUAAAGCCAGUAGUGAUUGGGCCAGUGUGUGGGGGAGGGGUCGAAGUAAAAAAGUACUAGUCUCCUAUUGGGUGAUAACCUAAACUAGCAGGCCACCUGAUUGGACGCCGCGAGAGCCGAGUACGCAGGCUCUUUGGGUGUUCCCUUCCUGGAUUGGUGUACCCAAGGCUUUGGUUUUCCGAUUGGCCAAUGUCGCCUGGGCGGGAAUAAUCAGGGAGAUUUGAAUUUGAAGACAGUAGGCCAUAAUAACCCUCUGGAAGUUACCGAGGAGCGCUGAUACCUUCGUGUUUGUGGAGCUGGUCGUCAACAUGUCCUUUCCUAAGGCGCCCCUGAAACGAUUCAAUGACCCUUCCGGUUGUGCACCAUCACCAGGCGCUUAUGAUGUUAAAACUUCAGAAGUAUUGAAGGGACCAGUAUCCUUUCAGAAAUCACAAAGGUUUAAACAGAAGAAAGAAUCUCAACAAAAUCUUAAUGUUGACAAAGAUACUACCUUGCCUGCUUCAGCAAGAAAAGUUAAGACUGGGGGAUUAAAGAAAGAAUCUCAAAAGAAUGAUAAAGAUUUGAAGACGUUGGAAAAAGAGAUUCGUGUUCUUGUGCAGCAACGUGGUGCUCAGGACAAGCGUAUUCAGGAUCUGGAAGCUGAGUUGGAGAAGAUAGAAGCAAAGCUAAAUGCUGCUGUCAGGGAAAAAACAUCUCUCUCUGCAAGUAAUGCUUCACUGGAAAAGCAGCUUAUUGAAUUAACCAGGACUAAUGAGCUACUAAAAUCUAAGUUUUCUGAAGAUAGUAACCAGAAGAAUAUGAGAAUUCUAAGCCUUGAGUUGAUGAAACUUAGAAACAAAAGAGAAACAAAGAUGAGGAGUAUGAUGGCUAAACAAGAAGGCAUGGAGGUGAAAUUGCAGGUCACCCAGAAGAACCUCGAAGAGUCUCAGGGGAAAAUAGCACAACUUGAGGGGAAACUUGUUUCAAUAGAGAAAGAAAAAAUGGAUGAAAAAUCUGAAACAGAAAAACUCUUAGAAUAUAUUGAAGAGAUAAGUUGUGCGUCAGAUCAAGUGGAAAAAUACAAGCUAGAUAUUGCCCAUUUAGAAGAAAAUCUGAAAGAGAAGAAUCAUGAAAUUUUAAGCCUUAAGCAGUCUAUUGAAGAAAAUGUUGCUAUGUUGUCCAAACAAGUAGACGACCUGAAUGCUAAAUGCCAACAGCUUGAAAAAGAAAAAGGAGACCUCAUCAAUAGGGACAGAUGUCGGGAUGAAAAUCUAAAUUCUGAAAUACAAAAUUUAAAAGAAAGGUCUAACCUUGAAAGACAAGAACAUGAAGAACUACAACAAAAAGUAUUGCAAAUUGAAUCACUUCUGCAACAAGAGAAGGAAUUAUCUUCUAAUCUUCAGCAGAAGCUAUGUUCUUUUCAAGAGGAAAUGAUUAAGGAGAGGAAUCUCUUUGAGGAAGAAUUAAAGCAAGCACUGGAUGAGCUAGAUAACUUACAGCAAAAGGAAGAACAAGCUGAAACCCUGGUCAAGCAGUUGGAAAAGGAAGCAGAAUCUAGAGCUGAAGAACUAAAACUCCUAGAAGAAAAGCUGAAAGGGAAAGAAGCUGAACUGGAGAAAAGUGAUGCUGCUCACACUCAGGCCACCCUGCUUUUGCAGGAAAGGUAUAACAGUACAGUGCAGAACCUGGGAGAUGUUACUGCUCAAUUUGAAAGCUAUAAAACAUUAACAGCAAGUGAGAUAGAAGAUCUUAAGCUGGAGAAUGCAUCGCUUCAGGAAAAGGUGGCCAAGGCUGAGAAAAGUACAGAGGAUGUUCAGCAUCAGAUAUUGGAAACUGAGAAUGCGAAUCAAGAAUAUGCAAGGAUGCUUCUAGAUCUUCAGACCAAAUCAGCACUUAAAGAAGCAGAAAUUAAAGAAAUCACAGUUUCUUCUCUUAAAAAAAUAACUGAUUUGCAGAACCAGCUCAAGCAACAAGGUGAAGACUUUAAGAAACAACUAGAAGAAGAAACAAGAAAAAUUGAAAAAGAAAACUCAAUGGCAGAAUUAACUGAGGAAAUGAAUAAGUGGCGUCUCCUCUAUGAAGAACUAUAUAAUAAAACUAAACCUUUUCAGCUACAACUGGACGCCUUUGAAGCAGAGAAACAGGCUUUGUUGAAUGAACAUGGUGAAGCUCAGGAACAGCUAAAUAAACUAAGAGAUUCCUAUGCUAAAUUAUUGGGUCAUCAGAAUCUAAAGCAAAAAAUCAAACAUGUUGUGAAAUUGAAAGAUGAAAACAGCCAACUCAAAUCGGAGGUGUCAAAACUCCGCACUCAGCUUGCUAAAAGAAAACAAAGUGAAGCAAAACUUCAGGAGGAAUUAAAUAAAGUUCUGGGUAUCAAACACUUUGAUCCCUCAAAGGCUUUUCUUCAUGAAAGUAAAGAAAAUUUGGUUCUCAAAACCCCAUUAAAAGAAGGCAAUACAAACUGCUCAUGAGCUAUUAGUGGAGUUUCCAGAAUCACGCAAGUAAACAUCUGAAAAACCUGUUGAAGAUUAUUUCAUGCUUAUUGUUUUUAUUGUCGUUGCUGCUUUUCUUGUUAUUAUUAUAUUUGUAAUAAAUAUUUUUAAAUAUUAUAUUUAAUAUUAAACUUCUUAUCCUUGCAUGUGUGAAAGGAGGUUCAAACAUUUUUACCAAUAUGUCUCUGACAUUUUCUAUUGUCAGUACUUGUUCCUUAAUGCCUCAUUCUAAAACUUCUGACAAGCUUUCCAGCUUUGCAACUCAUCCCAUCAAAAUAACAUUCUCGUUCUUUUUUUUCUUUUUAGGGCCAUACCCAAAGCAUACGGAAGCUCCCAGGGUAGGGGUCGAAUCUGAGCUAUGGCUACCGGCCUACACCACAGCCACAGCAGCUCAGGAUCCAAGCCACAUCAGUGACUUAUACCACAGCUCACAGCAACACCAGAUCCCUGACCCACUGAGUGAGGCCAGGAAUUGAAUCCACAUCCUCAUGGAUACUAGUUGGAUCUGUUUCCACUGUGCUACAAUGGGAACUCCCAAAAUAACAUUCUUUUAAAAAUCACUCUUAUAUUCCCUUAUUUCAAAACCUUAGGUGGUUUCAAGAUUCUAAUCCCCAGGUUCUGGAGUUCCUGGUGGCUCAGCAAGUUAAGAAUCUAGUAUGGUCACUGCUGUGGCACAGGUUUGACACCUGGCCCAGGAACUUCUGCAUGGGAUGGAUGCAGCAUAAAAAAAAAAAAAAAAAAAAUCCUCGGGUUUUUGUUUUGAUACUGGAGGCCUUUUCUAAUCUGAACCUCUUGAGCUAGGCUAAAACACUCUAGCUUGUUCUUGCCUCUACUUCUUUGUAGUAAUGUUCAUUCUAGCCUACCAUCGUUCAUUUAUCCAGUUCAAAUGAGAAAUAAAGGUAUGCUUAAUUUUAUAGUAAUCUCUGUCUCUUACCAAAGUCAAUAAUUUGCAGAUUCCUAGAUUCUAUCUCAGGCCUUCUAAAUUAAAAUCUGGGGUCUGGUCUGAAAAUCUGCAUUUUUAAUGAACUCUGCCAUUAAUUCUUAAAAACUAUGCUUAUGACCUCUUUAGAUAAUUUGUCUUAUGUUGCUUGGCAUCUGCCUGAUUACUGGGGGUGUUUGAUUAAAAUUAUGUAAUAUGAAAUAAAAUCACGCAUUAAGUCAUUCAUCCACUUAUUCAACUUGUAUUACAUAAAAUUAAAUGUGAACUGUUUAAACAUAAACA